CGCGGCGCCGGAGGCCGCGGGGGUCCGGGCGGGCGGGCGGCCAUGGAGGAGCCCCCAGUGCGCGACGAGGAAGAGGAGGACGGCGAGGCGGAGGAGGCCGGGCCCGAGGGGGCGCUGGGCAAGAGCCCCUCGCAGCUGACCGCGGAGGACGUGUACGACAUCUCCUACGUGGUGGGCCGCGAGCUGAUGGCCCUGGGCAGCGACCCCCGGGUGACGCAGCUGCAGUUCAAAAUCGUGCGCGUGCUGGAGUUGCUGGAGGCGCUGGUGAGCGAGGGCAAUCUGACGGCGGAGGCGCUGCGCCUGGAGCGGGACAGCCUGCGGGCGGAGGUGGCCGGGCUGCGCCGGGAGCUGCCCCCGGCUCGCGGGGAGGUGAACCUGGGACCGGACAAAAUGGUGGUUGACCUGACGGAUCCCAACCGGCCCCGCUUCACCCUGCAGGAGCUGCGGGACGUGCUGCAGGAGCGCAACAAGCUCAAGUCGCAGCUGCUGGUGGUGCAGGAGGAGCUGCAGUGCUACAAGAGUGGCCUGAUCCCAGCACGAGAAAGCCCAGGACGGAGAAGAGGGAAGGAAGCCGGGGCUCCCGGCGCCAGCAGUAGCAAGGAGGAGAAGACCAUCAUGCGGAAGCUGUUCUCUUUCCGGUCUGGGAAGCAGAUCUAAGUCGAAGGCCAUGACCCAGGCCACAGCUGCCCACCUGGAGAAGACGGCCAGCAAAAUGCCUUGCGGACCCAGCUCUCGGUGCUGUCAGCACACACUGUGCCCGCCCCCUUGCUUCCUCUCGGGCGGUCUGCGGCAGAAGAUGAGGUUCUCCCACCCGCCUGCUCCCCGGCUGCACAGCUGGAUGUAGCCGGCGCAGGAGGCCGGAGGAGAGCGCCGGGGCCACCUCCUGCCCCUGUGAGUUCUGCAGAGGACGCUGGUGGUGACCGUGCUGCAGAUGGGAGUGGGGAGCGCUGUGGACAUUCCAGGGGUGACGUCACUGACGCGCCACGAAUAUUUGACUCAGCCCACGUGACCCUCUUUGUGUGAUUUUGUAUUAAAGCCAAAUGACUUUUAGACUUUC